AUGAGUUAUUCAACGUCCAACAAGGUCUUGUCCCUCGAGGAUUACACCUUGGAGAAGCCGGGCUCGACCUUCAAGGUGGUGGAGAAGCCCGUCCCCGAACCGAGUCAAGGGGAGGUCCUGGUCAACAUCACACUGCGACCGGUGAAUCCCGCCGACAUCUUUUCCAUUGGCGGUGUCUACCCAGGCUUCACCCCGGCCUCCCUCCCCGCUGUGGUGGGAUUGGAUGGAGUAGGCGUGGUCGUGAAAAACGGUCCUGGCGCCACUGCCUUCGAGCCAGGGACGCGCGUCGUGGCGGCUCCUUGGCCCACGAAGACGGGCAAUGGCACGUGGCAGCAGUAUGUAACGCUUCCAGAGGCCGCGCUGCAGCCUGUGCCAGAGGGGCUCAGCGAUGAGGCGGCCAGUCAGUUCCUUGUCAACCCCGUGACUGUCUAUGGGUUUGUCAAGACGCUGGAGACCGACAACCUGAUCAAGAACGGCUGGAUCGUGUCCAAUGCGGCAGGCUCUGCGCUGGGCCGCAUGUUCAUCACAUACGCCAAGCACAAGGGUCUGAAGACCAUCGCUCUGGUCCGGCGCGAGGCUCUGCGCGAGGAGCUGCUGAGCCUGGGGGCCGCGGCGGUGAUUGUCACCGGCGAGGGCGUGGAUGUCGAGGCCGAGAUCAAGAAGGUCACCGACGGCGAGGGCGCCGACGCUGCCUUUGAGUGUGUGGGCGGCGAUGUCUCUGGCAUCGUCAAGGGCCUCCGGCAUGGAGGGGCCCUGAUCGUGUACGGCGCCAUGGCGGAGUUCACCUUUACUGCCGGCAUCCCCGACAUUCUGUUCAGAGCCGUGAAAGUACGCGGGUUCUGGCUCUCAGACUUCUUGGCCGAGACCCCAGCGAAGGAGAGGGCCACGGUCGUGCGUGAGGUGUUUGAGGGGAUGCUGGAGGGCACUCUGGCCAUUCCCCCUGGCGGCAAGCACUUCUCCCUGGAGGACGUGCAGGAGGCCAUCGCGGAGGCCACGAAGCCUGGACGGGGUGGCAAGGCCUUCCUCAGGGGCUGA